AACAUAUGACCUCUAGGUCAGUGUUAAAAUCCUUCACGACUUUAUCUCUUAAUUUGAGAGACAUUGUUCCAUCUGGUCUCAUGUACUAUACAAUUUCAUAUUCAGUGAAAGCUCCAGCUAAAUCCAGCAUGCCAGUCCACUCGAAAAAGAUAAUGCCAGAGAUGCAAAUAUUCCGCUACAUAGAAGCAGCUUCACUCGGCGGCGCCGUUUGCUAUAUCCUACAUGGAUUCCACCCCCACCGACCCACAAACGAAGGACGAUACCAUGCGUGGACAUCCGCCCUUGAAUCCGCCUGUGUCGACAACCUUGAAGCCGCCGCCCUUCAAGUAGCCACCAACGCCGCGUUGAUGACGACCUACACGCUGCGCCGCAUCUGGUCUUGAAGAAGCCGCCAACGCCGCGCCGGUGACGACCUACAGGUCGCACCGCACCCGCCCUUGAAGAAGUCACCAACGCCGCGCCUGUGAAGAAUGCAUUCCUCCAACGACGAUGGUGUCUCUCCCGCCGCCGCCCGCCUUUCGUCGAACAAAACUGCACGCGCAGCUGGGAAAAAGUCGCGGAAAGCUACUGAAUUGAGCGUGCUCUGGAGGAUUUGGGAUAGUUUGGCUUGCGCAUAUAUGCGGGAUCCAUCGUCUCCUUUACGGGAAGCCGAAAAAAUGGGGAAAGGAACAACAGUCUGUUGGAGGCGAAGAAUUCGGAGUUUCGACGCGAAAAACACUAUUCAGAUUGAUAUGCGGCAUCUCUUGGAGUUGCUCUUAGAGAAGCAAUCCGGGCCGGAACAGGGUCCUUUCGAUUGUUUGGGAUUGGAGCCUCAGAUUAAUUCCUAGCCGGAUUACUUCUCUAAUUUACAUAGAUUUUGAUGAGCUAAAAUAAAUUAUGUCUUAUUCCGGUACAACCGAACGGGUCCUAAGGGCAUGUUCGUUUGUGUUGGAUUGGUGGGUCAGAACGAUUCCUAACCGUAUUACUUUUCUAAUUUAUAUAAACUUUGAUUAGAUAAAAUGAUUUCGGAUGCAAUUCCACACAAACGAACAAAGCCUAAUUGAGGACUUGGAUCUUGAGAUGAGGGAAGGGAGCACGACGGACACAGAGGCAAGGGAACCGGCCGUUGGCUGGCUACCAGCGUGGUGCACGACACGAUGGGAUGGAACCCGGCAGCGCCGACGAGAGGAGCGCGGCGCACCGCGCACGUCACAAGGAGUGGCGAAGGAGCGCCGACGAGAGGAGCGCGGAGACCUCGCUGGCGGAUCUCAGACAGCGAGAGGAGCCGAGGGCCGAGGCUUGGAGUCCCCAAGAAAAUUAAAGAUGACUGCCCGUCAGAAACGCGUGACGUGAGCAGCCGGAGUAGAUAUUCCGACGAGUCUUGCGGCGGCACGCGAGAGCUUGACUCGGGAGUGCAGCUCCAGCGCCAGCGCCACGACGACUACUCG